CUAUAAUUUAAAGUUUUAUCAGAACUUAAAAAUGGCACAAACACAAUUAAAAUAUCAUAACUUCUCUUCAAAGAUUCACCAAAACCCACACCCAAAACACACACUCACAUAAGCACACCUGUGUGUCUCUCCUCUCUCAAAUGUCAAAUCUCACCUCUUUCACCAACUCUUUCUGAUCUCUCUCUCUCAAAACCCAAAAUAGUAGUAAAAGCUAAAAAUACAGACUGAUCCCUCAGUAACCCGUCUUGGGUUUCCUAUUUCUUGCUCAAGAUCCUAACUUUCACCACCUUUUUUGCAGGAUUUAGGCAUGAAACCUACAAUGUUGUGUCUUUGAGAAGCCAUGAGCAAAGAAAAACCGGAACUUUUUUCAAGAGCCAAUGUGAGACACUCAUAAACCAGAUUUAUCACACACAGAAUGGUGGCUGCCAUUCCUCAAGCAGCAGCAGCAGCGGCUAGGUCAACUGACAAAACCCCUAAUCUAACGAGACCCCCACUUUUACCUUCAGAGAAAGACCACCAACAAAACAAUGGUAGUGCCCACAUUGCAACAAGAAAACCCAGAGGCAAACAAGUACCUUCUAGGUACCUCUCUCCCUCUCCUUCCACUUCCACUUCUACAACUACCACCACCACCACCACUUCAAGUUCUUCAUCUUCGAGUUCUUCUUUUCCAAGGAGAUUUGCUUCACCAUUACUUUCAAGGUCUACAAAUUCUGGACCCUUACACACACCAUUAACGACAACUAGAUGUUCUCUUCCUUCCGGGUCUAAAAGAUCCCAAUCUGUUGAUAGAAGGAGGCCUGUUACUUCUUCAAGGCCAACGACACCAAACCCUCAGCGCACUGCAACUGAAAUAUCAGCUGCUACAAAGAUGUUGAUUACUUCAACAAGGAGCUUAUCAGUUUCUUUUCAAGGCGAGGCCUUUUCGCUUCCAAUUAGUAAAGCUAAGUCAGUGACACCACCACAAAACAAUGUGGUUAGAAAAGCCACUCCUGAGAGGAGGAGAGCUACUCCAGUGAGAGAUCAGGGUGAGAAUUCAAGGCCUAUGGAUCAGCAUAGGUGGCCAGGGAGAAGUAGAGAAGGGAAUUUGAAAGAGCGGAAUCCACUAUUGUCCAGGAGUUUGGAUUGUAGUGUUGUUGAUGGUGGCAGCGGAGAUAGGAGGGUUAUUGGAUCUGGGUUUUUUGGGGUCAAGUCAUUGCAGCAGUCUGUUGUUGACGAGGGUAGGAGGUUGAGCUUGGAUUUAGGCAAUGCUAGGCAAAACACAGAUACUAUUUCUGUAAAUGAGUCAUCUUUUACUGGUGAUCUUACUGCUUCUGAUAGUGAUAGUGUUUCCUCUGGUAGCACUUCAGGAGUGCCAGAAAUUGGUAAACGAAAAACUGCUCCUCGUGGCAUUACUGUUUCGGCAAGGUUUUGGCAGGAAACCAAUAGCAGGUUGAGGAGGUUGCAGGAUCCAUGUUCACCCUUGUCUACUAGUCCUGGUUCUAGAAUGGGUGUUUCACCAAAGGCUAUUCAAUCAAAAAGAUUUAGUAGUGAUGGUCCUUUGUCAUCUCCAAGAAUGAUGGCGGCUUCACCUAUAAGGGGAGCUACACGGCCUGCAUCUCCUAGUAAACUUUGGACAACUGCAGCUUCAUCUCCAUCUAGAGGGAUGUCCAGUCCUUCAAGGGUGAGAUCAAUGAGUAGCAGUUCACCCUCAAUUCUUAGUUUCUCUGUUGAUUUAAGGAGAGGGAAGAUGGGGGAGGAUAGAAUUGUUGAUGCACACAUGUUGAGGCUUUUGUAUAACCGUUAUUUGCAAUGGCGGUUUGUAAAUGCAAGGGAAGAUGCUACCUUCAUGGUGCAAAGACUGAAUGCAGAGAAAAAUUUGUGGAAUGCAUGGGUAACAAUCUCAGAACUGCGGCAUUCUGUCACUCUCAGAAGAGUCAAGUUACUAUUGCUGAGGCAAAAGCUGAAGCUGACUUCUAUCCUCAAGGGACAAAUUGCCCAUUUAGAAGAAUGGUCACAUCUUGAUAGAGGUCACUCGAGUUCUCUGCAAGGAGCAACCGAAGCUCUGAAGGCCAGUACUCUUCGCCUUCCUGUUGUUGGAAAAACAGUGGCCGAUGUACAAAAUCUGAAGGAUGCUGUUGGUUCAGCAGUUGAUGUAAUGCAAGCAAUGGCAUCCUCUAUAUGCUCGCUAUCAUCAAAGGUGGAAGACACGAAUUCAUUGGUGGCUGAACUUGUUAAUGUGACUGCUAAGGAAAGACACAUGCUUGAACAAUGUAAAGAUUUCUUGUCCACCUUAGCAACCGUGCAGGUUAAGGAUUGUAGCGUGAGAACACAUAUAUUACAACUUAAUCGUUUACCAACUACCACCAGCCUGACAACACGUGUGUAGAACUGAUCUCACUUGACCACUCACUCUAAAAUGCUAACAUCACUCCCGACUCUUCUUUUUCUUUUGGGUGGAGGUGCAUUGAAGGUAAUAAACAUGGAAUGAAUAGUUAGUUUUGGCUUCACCUUUGGCAUUUUUUGGAACCAGUUGUGGUCUUGUAUUUCUUUUAUUUCAUUUAUCUUUAUAUCCGAAGAUGACAGGAAGUGGUUUUUCGCCUCCUACUAAUUAGCUGUACACAGCAAAAAGGAAAGUAAUGUAUAUUUAUAUAUGUAACAUGCACGGUGGUUCAUCUGAUUACUGAAAAUUAUGUAGUUCUUGAUCUACUUGUUCUUGUAAUCUUAACAUGAUGUUGUCAGCUUGUCAUUCGUGA